AUGAAGGGUCUAUCCUCACUAAUAAACAGAAAAAAAGACAAAAGCAGCUCGAACUUAAGUGAGAUCGAGAAUGGCUUGCACACCGCUGAAUUCAACGCGAUAGAGAUGGAGGAGCAAGGUAAGAAAACUGAUUAUGAUCUUUCCCAUCUUGAGUACGGUCAAAUUUCACUAACACCAAGCGAUAAUAAUGAUGAGGAAGUGCCCAAGGUUCUCGAUGAUGCUGCACAGGAUGCUAAGGAAGCCGAUGAAAGUGAGAGAGGGAUGCCGCUUAUGACAGCUUUGAAAACAUACCCUAAAGCAGCGGCAUGGUCAUUGUUAGUCUCCACAACGCUAAUCCAAGAAGGUUAUGAUACGGCCAUCCUCGGAUCUUUCUAUGCCCUACCCGUUUUCCAAAAGAAGUACGGCUCUCUAAAUAGCGAGACAGGAGAAUAUGAAAUUCCAGUAUCUUGGCAAAUUGGUUUAUCGUUGUGUAUUGUUGCCGGCGAGAUUGUGGGUUUGCAAAUGACAGGACCUUUUGUGGAUCUUAUGGGUAAUCGCUACACCUUGAUUAUGGCGUUGUUCUUCCUAGCUGCUUUCACUUUUAUUCUGUAUUUUUGCAAAAGUUUAGGGAUGAUUGCCGUGGGGCAGGUAUUAUGUGGUAUGCCAUGGGGUUGUUUCCAAUGUUUGACUGUCUCGUACGCCUCUGAAAUCUGUCCUCUGGCCUUAAGAUAUUAUUUGACAACUUAUUCAAACCUGUGCUGGGCGUUCGGCCAACUUUUUGCUGCUGGUAUCAUGAAGAAUUCUCAGAACAAAUAUUCAAAUUCAGAAUUGGGAUAUAAGCUACCUUUUGCUUUACAAUGGAUUUGGCCUCUUCCUCUGGCAAUAGGUAUUUUCUUUGCACCUGAAUCGCCAUGGUGGCUUGUCAAAAAGGGGAGACUCGAGCAGGCAAAGACAUCACUUGAAAGAACAUUGAGUGGUAAGGGACCCGAAAAGGAAUUGUUGGUUGCCAUGGAGCUAGAUAAAAUCAAAGUGACUAUCGAAAAGGAACAAAAGCUGUCAAGUUCAGAAGGCUCCUACUGGGACUGUGUGAAAGACAAAAUCAAUCGUAGAAGGACGAGAAUUGCUUGUCUGUGUUGGAUUGGUCAAACUACCUGUGGUACACAAUUAAUAGGUUAUUCAACUUACUUUUACGAAAAAGCCGGUGUUGGCACUGAUACGGCCUUCACUUUUAGUAUCAUUCAAUAUUGUAUUGGUAUUGCGGCGACAUUCCUAUCUUGGUGGGCUUCAAAGUAUUUUGGCAGGUAUGAUCUUUACGCCUUUGGACUGGCCGUUCAGACCAUUUUGUUGUUUAUUAUAGGAGGUUUGGGAUGCUCGGACUCGCAUGGUGCCAAAAUGGGGAGUGGUGCUCUUCUAAUGGUCGUUUCCUUUUUCUACAAUCUAGGAAUUGCUCCUGUCGUCUUUUGCUUGGUCUCUGAAAUACCAUCCUCGCGGCUAAGAACUAAAUCGAUCAUUCUAGCUCGUAAUGCUUAUAAUAUGGCAUGUAUUGUUACCGCUGUUUUGAUACUGUACCAAUUGAACUCUGAAAAAUGGAACUGGGGUGCUAAGUCUGGCUUUUUCUGGGGAGGAUUAUGUUUCGCCACCCUCAUCUGGGCUGUUAUCGACCUUCCUGAAACUGCUGGUAGGACCUUCAUGGAAAUAAAUGAAUUAUUUAAACUUGAGAUUCCGGCAAGAAAGUUCAAGUCAACGAAAGUAGAUCUAUUUUCCACUGCUAGGGUUACAUCAGAAGAAAUCACCCCUAAAGAUCCCAAGGAAGAUGGAGAAACUUACAUUGACGAAGGAGAUCGAAGUACUCCAUCUAUUAUGAAUAAAUGA